GUCAUUCUACGUCGAUUUCAAGUACUAAGCUUAGGAUCUAUUUUCUCGUUUAUUCUACGCGUUUCAUUCCUUUCCUAGAAGCUGUAUAUCGUCACCGCUACCCUUUCUAAAAGGCAAACAUCUCCUUUAACGCAGAUCAGGCUGAGGUCCUUCUUAGUAUGCGUUACAAGAAACAAAUUGGCAGAUUAAGAGCUUGGAAAGGUUGAAUUAGCAGAACGACGCCAACGUGGUCAGUCUGUUAAACCAUACUCCGGCUAGUAUCAGCGAUGCAAGUCCCCUCGGCGGCGACGACUGCGCUGUACAAGGAGGCAUAGGAUGAUGGCUCACUGCCGGGCUCAUUUACAUUAUCUGCCAGCCAUUGGCCUGAAGUACAUUUCCCACCGAUGGUGUGCCAUAACGGCGCGAUCGGCGCGAGGGCCAUGCGUAGCCUCCAAACAUACGGUCAGGAUGAACCAAAACAAGUCUACGACAACCGUGCCUACACCAUGUCGACGCUCACCAUGGCGGCGCAUUGAAGAUAUAUGGCCAUGCCAUGGCCAACCGAACGGUCUGGGUACGCAGUCUGAAUAUUAUAUGCAUCAACUGGGUGCCUAUGCCAUGACCAGCAACAACUGUUCAUUCGUGCAAGGGGCCACUACAUGUAAGAAUGCGCUCGAGUUAGCGGCCGAGUAUUGGGAUACUCUAAUUGCACCCCCCAACCUUAUUGCGGCUCAAAGAAUCGAGAAUACAGCCGAGGAUGAGGAUGCAGAAGUCGAAGAGGGUGAAGAGGAUGAAGAUGAUGAAGAAAACGUAGCACCGAGCGCAAUCCCUAUUUUUGCCAAUCCAAAUCCCAGCAUGCAGGCCAAGAAUGAGGAUGACGACGACGAUGAGUGUGAGAGCGCGGCUGAGUCUCAGACCGGGGCAAAUGACAGCGACGAUGAGAGUGAAGGCGAAACGUCCGUGGAAGAUAAUUAUCCUCGGUGUCUCCCUACGAAGCGCUCGUCUUCCAAAUCUCAUUCCCGUCACUACCAUCGCAGCCGCAAAACCUGCAAAUCUAGCAUUCACCAAAGCAGCGCAGCUACAGAGAGUGAACAGAAAAGGCGGGGAUCGUGGUUUCUGUGGUGAGAUUGAUCGGUAUGCAUCUCGCAGGUCGUUACCGAGAUGGUAGUCACAGUGUCGAUGCGCUACAAUCUCUUGAGGGCUGUGAAUCAGCAUCCGUGAUUUUUUUAUAAACCUAGAUCCAGGAGUUCAUUUGCAGUGUGUACACUUUCCUUGACCAGUUUUUGCUAAGCGCGGCGACAUUCAUCAGACUAAAUGGAGGGGUUUAGAACUCGGAGUAGAGCAGAGAGGGAAGGUCUGGGCUCCAUAUUCUCUAUUCCUAAGGCUUUGAACCGGCCCUCUGUAUUCUGUAACUGUUUGGUAUUCCAUUGUUCUCUGGACCUUGGAUAUUGACAUAGUAAUACCCCGGUACAGCCAAGCUUAAAGCUUCGGUUAGGAGCAAUGCU